UUUGGAGACGGGAAGCUGCUCAGUGGCUCAGCGUUGCGCGCACCCCCCUCUCCACAAACGCAGGAGCCUCCUCUCGCUUUACGGAGCCUGUUUGCAAUUCUUGGUCUUCAUGCCAGAGCCUGCAGCUGUCUCUGUUGCGUCCCACCGCCGCUGUUAUGGGAAAUCGUCGCUCUGCAUGACGAACUUGACUUGAAGCCUCAGCGCAAACCCGAAGGAUCGCAACUUUUCAACAAUUUCCAACACUGUUCGCAGACUGAAUGGAGACACCUGACAGCUCGGAACGCCCCAUCUGUAUGUUCGAGUGAGAGCUUUGGAACUGUGAAGGCUAUAGGAAUGUGGAAUACAAGUCUAUGUCAGCGCAGUAAAAGGACCAGUGUGCGCCCCUGACACCAUGACCACAGACCUGAACUUGACCUCCCUGUUGAAUGUGACAGAUCUCCACAACCAGACAAGAGGAGGAUGUUCCCUCACAAAGACAGGUUUCCAGUUCUACUACCUGCCCACUGUUUACAUCAUGGUUUUCCUCACAGGACUGGUGGGAAACAGCCUGGCCAUUUGGAUGUUCGUGUGCCACAUGAGACCGUGGAGCAGCAUCUCAGUCUACAUGUUCAACCUGGCUCUGGCUGACUUCUGCUAUGUCCUCUCUCUGCCCUUUCUCAUCUUCUACUAUUUCAAUAAAACUGACUGGAUAUUUGGGGAUGUUCUUUGUCGACUGCAGCGGUUUAUAUUCCAUGUAAAUCUGUAUGGGAGCAUUCUGUUUCUGACCUGCAUCAGUGUUCACAGAUACACUGGGGUGGUGCACCCAUUGAAGUCUCUGGGUCGACUGAAGAAGAAAAAUGCAGUUAUUACUAGUGCGUUGGUGUGGGCUGUGGUUGUAAUUGGAAUCUCCCCCAUCCUUUACUAUUCCAGAACGGGCUUAAAGCGCAAUGCAACCAUUUGUUAUGAUACUACCACACUGGAUGAGUUACCAGGUUAUUUUAUCUACAGCAUGACUUUGACUGUCUUUGGGUUCUGCAUCCCCUUUAUUAUCAUAUUUUGUUGCUAUGGCAUGAUUGUCAAAGCCUUAAUCUACAAUGAUAUGAACAAUGCACCCCUGCGGCAGAAAUCCAUACACCUUGUUAUCAUCGUGCUUGCAGUCUUUGCCGUCUCCUACCUGCCUUUCCACGUCAUGAAGAACCUCAACAUGAGGGCCCGGCUCUACUUUCAGAGCCCUGAUAUGUGUGAGUUUAACAACCGAGUAUAUGCCACCUACCAGGUGACACGGGGGCUUGCCAGCCUCAACAGCUGCGUGGAUCCUAUCCUUUACUUCCUGGCUGGGGAUACCUUUAGGAGGAAGCUGUCUCGGGCCACUAAAAAGCCCCCAAAGAAAGGAGAUAAUGUCCUUAUGUCCAAGAGCGAGGAAACAGCACUCAACAGCCUGGCUGAGUGUGUGGAGAACGGUGACCGGAGGCUGUAAUCCAGAGCUGAGAUGGCCUCUGUUUAGUCAUGGGUGUGGAUUUGGUUGUCUGUGGACUUUAAGAACCACAGUGGACCUGGAAUAGAAUAAUUAAAUGCACUGUGUGGACUAAAGAGUGUGUGUAAAUGUAUUGGAUGGUAGCCUAUAGAAGUGUAGGACGAAUACUCCAUUUAACCCUGUGAUAACCAUCACUCGCUUGCAGCCUGUUGAUGAGCGUAUGUCAUUGAUAAGCUAUAGUAUUAUAUUGUUCUGUACUUGUAAUGUACUCUAAAAUGUUAGAGCCAUUCAUUCUUAUUGAAUAGAUAGUGUUGCUUACAGCUUGGCAAAAUGAACAUUAUGUUCAGCCAAGCUUUGGGAAAAAGGUUUUCCUGCAGGCAGUAAUGUCCUGUUCAGGAGAAAUAGGUUUGAGAAUGGAUAGCACCCUUUUCUAGCCACCGAGCCGAUACUUAAUCAAUAGCUAUUAAACAGGUGCAAGCUUGUGGUUAAGAAAGUGCGCCCGGGAUGGCUGAAGGGAAGAGGUAAAUGCACUGAACCUGAGAUAGCUGCAUGGAUGUGCCGUGCAGAUAUUGUAAUGCACUAUGACGGAGGACUCUCUGCUCAGAGGGCUACCUAUCACUCUUCAUUUCUUUCUCCAUCUAUUACUGACUGGGCGAGGAAUGUGUUCAAAUAGUUUUUCAUUUUGACAGCUCUGAGAUUUAGGUCUGCAACAGCUCUGUUACUACAAUCUAUCUGUGCUUAAUCUGUACCUUACAGAAAAAUGAGAAGAUAAUCCUUACAGUAUUUUUGUGUAUACAGUGGUACUACUACAGUGAAUGUUUCAAUGUGUACUGUACAGGAUAUUUUGAUGUUCCAAAUUUGUGCAGUUAACUGUUUUGUUCUAGAGUUUUGAAGUCACUAAAUGAGAUCUUUAUUGCAUGAGUCGUGUAUCAAACUGAAUUAGUGAAUCACUGACUAACCACAGACUUAACUAUACAAGUGUUUAUUGUAACAUAGGGAAAAAUAGCUUUUAAAUGAACAGAACAGACAUACACACACACACUUCAUCAUCUGCUUGACUCCACCAACAUAUUGAAGAAAUGUUUGUAUGAGAUACCUCAAAUUAAAUACUGCACCGUGUUGGUGUUGACAGAUAAUCACUUCUGUUUUGUAUCUGUAGUAAUCAUUCUGGAGAAAUGAUUGUGCAGCUCUGUGUAUAUUUUAGCCUAGACUACAUCGAUGUUUGAUGUCUGUACUAAUACCUUUGUAAAUCUGUAAUGUGGUCAGCUAUUGUUAAGAGAGGAAAUGAACACGUGUACAGGAUUAUCUGGGGCCACUUGUAUCUUUGUCAAUAAAUUUUUGUAUUUAAGACAAAAGCAUUAACGUUA